CUCAGAAGAUGCCCCAUAAACUCAACCAUAUGUGCCUGAGUAUGAGUCAAGGAGACAAAAGAGCGUUGUUGUCUAUUAUGCUCCCGGUAGGGGUUUUUAUAGCCCCGACCUGGAGCUCGCCUUGGCCUCUAAAUACCUUUUCGAGCAUGCGUAGUAGGUCUGGCGGUCGUGGCUUUUCUUGCACUUUUCGCACAUGGGCAUACUGUAGGGGUUUCAGAGUAGGAUUGCGGUAAGUAGUGGUAAUAGAGACAGAUAAAGAGAGGGAGAAUGAAU